UCCAGUCGAGCAACCAGCACAAAAAGUACAAUUUCCAUUCAAUUUUUGAAUGGAAUUUUGAAAUCAUUUUUAUACCUUUUGUCGUCCAUUUCGAUGAAUAGUGUUUUGCAAUUAUUUUCAUACAGACACACAAAUUGAAUGAAAAUUCAUUGAAGAUGGUGAAUAUAUCACCAUUUGUCCAUCUAGUUUUGAUAGCAUUUUGUCUGGUGCCCGUCAAUUCGCUUCCCGACAUCAUUCGCAUUGGUGGACUAUUCCAUAAUGGUGACAUUGAUCAAGAGCUCGCAUUCCGUUAUGCCGUUGAAAAAAUCAAUUUAGACAAAACGAUUUUACCCCGAUCAAAAUUAUCGGCACAAAUUGAACGCGUCUCGUCGGAUGAAGACAGUUUUCAUGCAUCCAAACGAGUAUGUCACUUGUUGCGACAGGGCGUUAGCUCAAUUUUUGGACCCUCAUCGAAUUCCAUAAGCCGUCAUGUUCAAAGCAUUUGUGAUACGAUGGAAAUUCCACACUUAGAAAUGCGGUGGGACUAUCGCAUUCGACGUGAAAACUGUCUCGUUAACUUGUAUCCGCAUCCCAGCGUAUUGUCAAGGGCAUUAUACGAUAUAGUUGAAUUUUGGGGAUGGAAGCAUUUUACAAUCAUUUAUGAGUCAAAUGAUAGCCUUUUGCGAUUACAAGAGCUUCUUAAAGCACAACGACGCACCGAGUAUCCGACCACUAUUCGACAACUUCCAGAUACCAACGACUAUCGGCCUUUGCUGAAACAAAUAAAAAAUUCCGGCGUGGCGCAUAUUGUUCUUGCCUGUAGCACGGAGAAAAUUUAUAAUGUGCUCAAACAAUCCCAACAAAUUGGCAUGAUGAGCGACUAUCAUUCUUACUUAAUUACAUCACUGGACUUGCAAACUAUCGAUCUGGAUGAGUUUAAAUAUUCCGGCACCAAUAUAACCGCAUUUCGUCUUGUCGACCCCGAUAAUUACAAUGUUCGCAAAACGGUUGCUGAAUGGUCUCAGUUAGAACUGCGAUCCGAUAAAAAGCCGAACGAACGUGCUUUUCAGCGAAAUGAUACAGUUAUAAAAUCUGAAACUGCGUUAAUUUACGAUGCAGUUCAUUUGUUCGCCAAAGCUCUGCAUGACUUGGAUACGAGUCAACAAAUUGAUAUUCAACCGCUUUCAUGCGACGGACAAGAUACUUGGCCGCACGGAUACAGUUUAAUCAACUACAUGAAAAUCGUUGAAAUGAAAGGUUUAACAAAUUUAAUCAAGUUUGACAAUCAAGGAUUUCGAACGGAUUUCCUUUUGGACAUCAUCGAAUUGAGUGCGAAUGGUAUACGAAAGGUCGGAGAUUGGAAUUCAACGCAAGGGGUUAAUUUUACACGUUCAUUCAAAGAGCAGCAACAGGAUAUGGUGGACAAUUUGAAAAAUAAAACGUUGGUUGUGACCGCACUCUUGAGUGAUCCGUAUGUGAUGAGAAAAGAUUCGGCAGCCAAGCUAACGGGAAAUAAUCAAUUUGAAGGAUAUGCAAUUGACUUGAUCCGUGAAAUAUCGAUGAUACUUGGAUUUAAUUUUACAUUCCGUUUGGUACCCGACGGACGGUAUGGCAGUAUAAACAAACUAACUGGCGAAUGGGAUGGAAUGGUACGAGAAUUACUCGAACAAAGAGCAGAUUUGGCCAUCGGAGACUUGACUAUCACAUAUGAACGGGAACAGGUCGUUGAUUUUACAAUGCCAUUUAUGAAUCUCGGUAUAUCAGUACUGUAUCGAAAGCCAGUAAAACAACCACCGAAUCUUUUUUCAUUUUUAUCGCCGCUUUCUUUGGACGUUUGGAUAUACAUGGCAACAGCAUACCUUGGUGUCUCUGUUUUGCUAUUCAUUCUUGCUCGAUUCACACCAUACGAAUGGUCCAAUAGCCAACAUCCGGAAAAAUCGGACACACAAUUUACACUGAUGAAUUGUAUGUGGUUCGCAAUCGGUUCGCUUAUGCAGCAGGGAUGCGACUUUCUGCCAAAAGCCGUUUCCACACGAAUGGUUGCCGGGAUGUGGUGGUUUUUUACGCUGAUUAUGAUUUCAUCGUAUACUGCAAAUUUGGCUGCUUUUCUUACUGUUGAACGAAUGGAUUCGCCAAUUGAAAGCGCCGAAGAUCUGGCAAAACAGACGAAAAUCAAAUAUGGUGUACUUAACGGCGGUUCGACGGCGUCAUUUUUCCGAAAUUCCAAUUUCUCAACAUAUCAACGCAUGUGGUCUUUUAUGGAGUCAUCAAAACCAAGCGUCUUCGCACAAAGCAAUACAGAAGGAGUUGAACGAACUACCAAAGGCAAAGGAAGUUAUGCAUUCUUAAUGGAAUCAACAUCGAUUGAGUAUGUUAUUGAACGCAAUUGUGAAUUAACUCAAAUUGGUGGUAUGCUCGAUUCAAAGGGUUAUGGCAUCGCAAUGAGACAAAAUUCGCCAUAUCGAACGAUGAUGAACAGUGCCGUGUUGAAGCUACAAGAAGAAGGAAGAUUACAUAUUUUAAAGACUCGCUGGUGGAAAGAGAAACGUGGUGGUGGUUCAUGUAGAGACGAUACAUCCAAAUCAAGUUCGACGGCAAAUGAGUUGGGUCUGGCAAAUGUGGGUGGUGUAUUUGUGGUGUUGAUGGGUGGUAUGGGUGUUGCUUGCGUUAUAGCUGUCUGUGAAUUUGUAUGGAAAUCGCGGAAGGUCGCUACCGAAGAGCGUGUCAUCCAAAUGCAGUGUUACUAAACAUCAGUUAACUCGACAUUAAUAAAUACUAUUUUAUAAACAAUCCAAAUUUCGCCAUGGAAUUUUGUUCUUUUCUAAAGCAAACAGGUCUAUACACAGAUUGUUAAGCAGCAUCGAAAUAGACAUCAGAAUAAAUGCAGCUUAGACAUCAUAUUAAUAUUCGAUUUAAAACAUUUUACAAAUGUGUAAUGAUUAAUUUUAAACUAGAUAAUUAUACGUAAAUAUAAACGUGA